UAUGCGCGUCACCGACGUGGCGGAGGCGGUGCUUUUCAUCCCGUGGAUCACAAAUAUCACAGGCGGGAUUUCAUUACAGUUUGGGAAAUAUCCCUGUAAAUGGGCCACUUUUAGCGCGGUUGCUGCUGGUAUCCUUGUGUGAAUCAUUACAGCGGACUGUUGUAAAGCUGUUUCCAGUGUAAAACGAGGGUUUCCACCCCCCUCAGUCACAGGCCAUCAUGAAGCUAACGGACAAUGUGCUACGGAGCUUCAGGGUGGCUAAGGUUUUCCGAGAAAAUUCGGACAAAAUCAACUGUUUUGACUUCAGCUCAAACGGAGAAACGAUUAUUUCCAGCAGUGAUGAUGAUUCCCUGGUCUUAUACGAUUGCCAAGAGGGAAAACCCAAGCGGACACUCUACAGUAAAAAGUAUGGGGUGGAUCUCAUCAGGUAUACACAUGCUGCCAACACUGUGGUCUACAGUUCCAACAAAAUUGAUGAUACUAUCCGGUACCUGUCCCUCCAUGAUAACAAGUACAUCCGCUACUUCCCUGGGCACAACAAAAGAGUGACAUCUCUCUCCAUGUCUCCCGUGGAUGACACGUUUAUCUCUGGCUCAUUAGAUAAAACUAUCCGACUGUGGGAUCUGCGGUCUCCUAACUGCCAGGGUCUGAUGCACCUGCAAGGGAAACCGGUGUGCUCCUUUGAUCCCGAGGGUCUAAUUUUUGCUGCUGGAAUAAAUUCAGAAAUGGUUAAACUUUAUGACCUGCGAUCCUUUGACAAGGGCCCCUUUGCAACCUUCAAGCUUCAGUAUGAUCGCACAUGUGAGUGGACAGGACUUAAGUUCAGCAAUGAUGGGAAGCUCAUUCUUGUCUCUACCAAUGGUGGAGCCCUUCGCCUCUUGGAUGCUUUCAAGGGUGCUGUGCUACAUUCCUUUGGGGGUUACAACAACAGCAAAGGUGUAACACUGGAGGCUUCAUUCACCCCUGAUUCUCAGUUUGUUAUGAUUGGCUCUGAGGAUGGAAAGAUCCAUGUAUGGAAUGCAGAAAGUGGAAUGAAGGUGGCUCUACUAGACGGGAAACACACAGGUCCUGUUACCUGCCUGCAGUUCAAUCCCAAGUUCAUGACAUUUGCAAGUGCCUGCUCCAACAUGGCGUUCUGGCUGCCCACCAUUGACGACUGAUAAGAGCAAAGCAAGCAGGAGGAAGCUGCCUUUUGGGCUAAAGGCAAAUCAAGUAUCCAAUAUGGACCAGCAGGGGUCAGCACACCCAGCUCUGAGUGAUUUACACAUGUGUGGCAAAUCAAUUCAAUUGUAAAUAAGUACUUUGCAGAAAUAGAUUGCUUCUUUAUUGUCUUUUUUAUACGUAAUAUUAAAUGAUUUCUUUGUAAAGAUA